AUGACACUCAUUACUUUCAAUAUAUUGCAAUUGAUUUCGUCUUGUUUGCAUUUGGCAACUACGACGACUGUUCCUUACAAGACGAUGUUGGGAGGAUAUCGAAUUCCUGCAUUAGGAUACGGGACAUUCACAGUUAGGAAUGAAACAGAGUUGACGAUAGCUUUAAACGAGGCACUUAGAGUGGGCUAUCGUCAUAUAGAUACAGCUCAGUUAUAUGAAAACGAGCACAUUAUCGGUAAAGUUUUAACAGAUUGGUUCACAUCGGGAAGAUUGAAAAGGGAAGAUCUAUUCGUUACAACCAAAAUUCAUCUCACAAACGCGUUUCCUCAUAAAGUAGAAAAAGCAGUUAAUAAAUCUUUAACGGAUUUGAGGUUAGAUUAUAUCGAUUUAUUAUUGAUCCAUUGUCCCAUAUCUUUUGAGAAGAAUGGAAAGGGCGGACUCAUAGCGGUAGCUACUGAUCAUAUUGGUACUUGGAAGAAAAUGGAAGAACAAGUUAACGCAGGAUUAGUUAGGAGUCUUGGACUUUCUAAUUUCAAUAUAAGUCAAAUAGACAGAAUCAGAGCGUCGGCUCGAAUCCAACCAGCAAACCUACAAAUCGAAGUACAUCCAUAUUUUCAAGAAAAACAGCUGCGGGAUUAUUGCAAAAAACAUAAUAUAGUAGUAGUGGCUUAUUCGUCUUUAGGUGCGCCGGGAGUUUUGACUUUUUUUAGAGAUGUUGGAUGGAAGGAAACACCUUUGCCCAGCAUUUUAACUGAUUCGGAAAUCGUGAGAAUAUCAAAAAAACAUAACAAGACACCUGCCCAAGUAGCCUUAAGGUUUAUAAUUCAACUCGAUCUUGUUGCCAUACCCAAAAGUACGAACGCCAAAAGAAUCAAAGAAAACAUGGAAAUAUUCGAUUUCGUAUUAGACGAUCAGGAUAUGGAGGACAUUGAGAAGCUUGAAAAAGGGAUCGGAACGAAGAUUAUUCAUAUGCAGUUCUUAGCUCCGAAUGUAGCUGAACAUCCGGAAUAUCCGUUCACAGAAUUGUUAACAUGAAUUUUUUGUUAAUAAAGGUGGAUUGUAUCAGGUC